GAGAAUUCUUGUUAUAAAGAAAUUACUUUAAAAUUUCCUCCAAUGAUAUUAUAUAUACCUCUUCACCAAUCAUUGGGAGCAUACAGUUAAAACACACAAACCUACAAAAAGGGAAAAUUUCUUCUUCCCUUGUAAGAAAAGCAUCAAGAAGAUGAUUCUUCACAACUUAUGGUCUUCAACUAACCAAAUUGAUCCCUUUUAUGAAUAUCAAAAUCAUGGUGUUUCUUAUUCUUCACUCAACUCCAAAGAUCAAGAUUCCUCUGAAAUUUCCUUCUCAGAUUUCACAUCCCUUUUCCCUGAUGAUGAUGUUCUAGCUGAUCUUCCCAUGGAUGAUAUGGAGUUUGUUGAUGUCUCCCGAUGGUUAAACGAUAGUGAACAUGAAGGAUAUGAUAAUAUGAAAAUCACUUCAGACACGCAAAAAGAUGGAGAUUCAUGUAGUUCAAGCGUAUCCAUUGACACCUCAACAACGAUAAUACCAUCAAGAAAUGGUGCUAUUUCACUUGUACUUCCAGGAAAUAGUAGAGAAAUGGAUACCCUUCAUCACUUAUUAUCAGCUUAUGGAGAGGCAAUGGAAAAUGAUCACAAGGAACUAGCACAAGUGAUCAUAAGAAGCAUAAAGGGGAAAAUAAAUCCUUUAGGCGAAUCAUUGGAACGAGUUGCUUCUAACUUAUUCCAGGAAAUAGAGGAUCAAGGAAGUUACUUGAGACAAGAAUCAAACAAGAUUAUUGAAGUAGCAUUCAAGGCCUUCUACCAAAUUUUCCCAUUAGGGAAAUUUGCUCAUUUUGCUGCUAACUCAGCAAUUAUAGAAGCUGUUCCUGAUGAUGCACAAACCAUUCAUAUAAUAGAUUAUGACAUUGGAAAAGGGAUUCAAUGGCCUCCAAUUAUUGAAGCCAUGGGCCAAAAAAGAAAGGCUUUAAGAUUUACGUUCAUAAAGAAAACAGAAGAAGAAUCAACAAGUGAUAAGUUGAGAUUUGAGGAGACCAAAAGAAGAUUUCUUGAUUAUGCUAAUCCUUUUGGACUAGCAUUACAAGUUGAGGAGAUGACAUUUGAAGAAUUGUCAAGUGAAUUGAGAAGAAUGAAGAAAAGGGGUAAAAGGAGUGAAUGGUUGGUUUUCAAUUGUAUGUUUAAACUCCAUAUGGGGAAAAGAACACGUAGAAUCGAUGCGUUAGAGUUUCUAAAACUAGCUAAGGAAUUGUUAUUAGCUAAUUCUUCAACUCACAGAGGACUUGUCACUUUUGGUGAUGGAGAAGCAAUGGACAAUAGUCAAAACACAAACAAUACUUUUUCUUCAUUCUUUAACAAGAAUUUGAUAUAUUACCAAUCGAUUUUCGAGUCAUUGGAGUUGUAUUUUCCAGCUUAUCUUUCACAAGCAAGACUUGCCAUGGAAUCCCUUUUUCUAGCACCUCAAAUGUGCUCAUCUUCUUGGUUUCAAAACUGGGAAGAGAUGACAAGAAGUGCUUCUAAUUCUUGUGGAGAAAUUGGGUUGCAGGGUAUGAGAGUAAGCAAAGAAAACUUAUUACAAGCCAAAGAAGUGGUGAAUGAAAGAGAAACUCCAUUAAAAGUGAGGAUUGAAGAAGAAAGACAGCAUGAGAUGGUCUUGGAAUGGAAAGGGACAUCCUUAGUCAGAGUUUCAACUUGGAUGUAGAACAAGAACACAAUAGCAGAAAACUACAAUUCAUUCUCUAUGAUAUUUUCUUUUACUUGUGUUUCCUAUCAAGUGCCAAAAGUGUAUAGACAAUACUAAUAUUAGCCUGUCAGUGUACUUACUUUGAAUAUAAUUGUUAAAAAACACAGUUGUAUAUGACAAUGUGAUGCAUCUUUUUUUUUUUAGUUUGU